AUGGCGCACAGGGUCGACGCCCAUCAACGACACGCUUCGAAGGAAAAGGCCUCCGACCCAGUUGAUCGCCCUGACUCUCCCCAUAUCGAAGAAGGCAAACAGACAUCUGCCAAUGGAGUUCUAGAAGCGUUGGGUUAUGAGCCUGAGCUGGUCCGAAACCGCUCAACCCUCCAAGUGGCAUUCAUGUCCUUCGUGCUCGCUGCAAUUCCAUACGGAUUGGCCACAACCUUCACAUAUCCUCUUGUCGGAGGAGGCCCUGUGAAUAUCAUCUGGGGAUGGGUUGCUGUGUCUCUGAUCAUUCUCUGUGUAGCUGUCUCCCUGGGAGAAAUCACCUCGGUUUAUCCAACUGCGGGCGGCGUUUACUAUCAGACCUUCAUGCUUUCUCCCCCUUCUUAUAGAAGGAUUGCGUCUUGGAUCUGUGGGUGGUCAUAUGUUGUCGGCAAUAUUACCAUCACCCUAGCAGUGAACCUUGGAAGUACUCUGUUUCUUGUAUCAUGUAUCAAUGUUUUUGAGUCUUCUCCGGGAGUUGGCAUCUUCCAGGCAGAGACAUAUCAGAUCUUUCUACUGUUUCUUGCAGUCACAUUUUUGGCUAACGCUAUCUGCGCCUAUGGCAAUAAAUGGCUACCAUAUCUCGAUACAUUCGCGAUCUUUUGGACUUUCUUUGGAGUUCUCGCUAUCAUAAUUUGCGUUCUUGCAAUUGCGAAGGAGGGUAGACAUGAUGCCGAGUACGUCUUCACCAGCUUUGAACCCCAGUCUGGUUGGCCCGCCGGGUGGUCCUUCUGCGUUGGACUUUUGCAGGCUGCCUACAGCACAUCAUCCACUGGCAUGGUGAUUUGUAUGUGUGAAGAAGUUGAGAAGCCAGCUACCCAAGUUCCAAAAGCAAUGGUCGGAACAGUCAUCAUUAACACGCUGGCCGGAUUUCUGUUCCUCGUUCCACUGAUAUUCGUGCUUCCCGAUAUACAAAUACUGAACGCUCUUCAGUCCGGCCAGCCAGUGCCGACUAUCAUUAAGUCUGCCAUUGGGAGCUCGGUUGGCUCGUUCAUGCUACUUCUCCCGUUGAUUGUACUUUCCCUACUAUGUGUCAUAGGCUGCACCACUGCAGUUUCGCGCAGCACAUGGGCAUUUGCCAGGGACGGAGGUAUACCUGGGUCCAAAUGGUGGAAACGUAUAAACAACGACGGAGUGCCAUUUAAUGCCAUGAUGCUUGGCAUGGCAGUUGAAGUCCUGCUCGGUUUUAUCUAUUUUGGAUCAACAACCGCCUUCAAUGCUUUCACCGGGAUUGGGGUCAUUACGCUAACCCUUAGCUAUGCUUGCCCUAUUGUUGUGUCUCUUGUCGGUGGUCGAAAACAAGUCCGCAAUGGCCAAUUUUACUGCGGCACAUUUGGCUUGGUUUGCAACAUUAUAUCAUUGGCCUGGAGUCUUCUUGUGAUCCCAUUAUUUUGCAUGCCUACAUCAAUCCCAGUAUCUGCCGAGACCGUCAAUUACGCCCCGGUGGUCUUUGUGGCCUUCAUCCUCAUCGCGUCCGCCUGGUAUUGGGUUUGGGGGUACGAGAAAUAUUCCGGUCCACCAACAGUAGAUGAUGAGUACAAUCCCUCGGAGGUGUGGUAA